CUUCGACAUGCCCGGCAGUAGAGGUGUAAUCAUCUUCUGUUCAAAGCUAUUUGUGUGACAUGGAGCCAGACAGGGACCUAAACCCCGACACAGAUGACCUUCCGCUAAGAGCCAAUACUAACCACGUCCUCGUCAGACAUUAUGUGCUGGACAUGACUGUUCAUUUUGACCGGAAGGUGAUCAGUGGUAGUGUUGUAGUGUUCCUUGAUCCUUGCUCUGGAGAGGGUACUAAGGCUGAGGAUGGCACUGGACCCGGAUCUAGUGAAGUAUCCAGGUCCACAGAUGCUGGAGAAGGUCAAGAGUCAGAGGGGUGCAGAUUCGGGGAUGUGGACGCAAUGGAGGAUUGCAGAGAAGGACUGACCGAGACAAAGAUGGAGAAGAAGCUUGUUGCUGAAGAUGAAAAUGCUCAGUCCACACAUUCCUGGGAAACUACUAGUGAUGGUGAUUUCACCCUGAUUCUGGACUGCUGCGACCUUGACGUCUCAACGGUGGAAGAGUUGGACAUCUCUGCAGUUUCAGCCGUGUCUAACUUUUUACCGGAGGUCAGAUCAGAGGGGUCGGGAGUCAGUUUCCCAAACCUGCAGUCGGCCUUUCUUCAAAACCUUAUCUCCAUGCCCUCUAGCCGAUGGAGGGAGAAGCACCGGCUCUUCUUGUCAUGCAGCAAUGCCCCUGCAGCUCGUGAUGACAGCCCAGUUCACUUUUACAGAGAUCAGUGGAGUCUGCAGGUGAGGAAAACGGGCGUUGCAUCACCACUGGAGUUCCCUCGUGCUCUCAGGAUCUGGUACGAGACGAGGCCAACAGGAGGCUCUGUGAGGUGGACCAAAGACCAGGACAACAGGGUGUGUGUUUACACUGCCGGUUCUCCCAUCAACAACCGAGCCCUCUUCCCCUGCCAGGAGCCGCCUGUUGCCAUGUCAACAUGGCAGGCAACAGUGCGGGCCCCCACUGAGUGUGUGGUUUUGAUGAGUGGGGAGGAGCAGACUGCACCUAUUGAGGAUGGGGACACAAAUAUUUCAACCUGGAAUUACUACGUCACUAUGCCCAUGCCUGCCUCCACCUUCACCUUGGCAGUGGGCCACUGGUGCCAAGUCGCAGCAGAGGUUCCACCAUCAUUGGAAAGUGGAGUGAUUGACAGGACGGUCAAAGUCUUGGCUCGACACGGGGACUGGACUGAAGCUGAGCUUGUGUCUGGACUUGGAAAGUCCACCGGUGGAGUAGUAAAGGGCUCUCCAGUCCAUACUGGCAGAGGAGACCAACCCACCCGCGCAGACUCUGCAUUCUGUAGCUCUUCCCAUGAGGAUGAAGGGGUCUCUAAAACUGAUUAUUCAAGCAUGGCGGAUGACGGCAUCUCUUGUUCCCAUGGCGACUUCCCUUGCCGAUUUACUGAGCAGUCGGCUUGGUCCCAGCGGUUGCUCCCACACCGUGUGUUUGGCCCCGAAUGCUUGAUGCACAAUGCCCAGAUGGUCGUCAACCUGUUGCCUCAAUGUUUGGCUGCAGCCUAUGCCGUUCUUGGGGUCCACCCUUUUCCUCGCCUUGAUGUUGUCAUCGUCCCAGCAGGUUUCUCCAGCCUGGGCAUGGCCAGCCCGCAUAUCAUUUUCCUAUCCCAGAGUGUAUUGGGCACAGGGAGUUCUGGUUCUGGAGCCAACAGCCUCUCUCUGUGUGGGUCCAGGAUCUGCCACGAGAUUGCUCAUUCCUGGUUUGGUUUGGUUAUUGGCGCCAGAGACUGGACUGAGGAAUGGAUCAGUGAGGGCUUUGCCACCUACCUGGAGGACAUAAUCUGGGCUCACGCACAACAACUCUCCAUUCAAGAGGCAGCAGAGCAGUCUGACCUGAAGGCACUGCUGAGAUGGAGACGACUCUCUGAUGAGCUGCAGAACUCAGAGGAGGCACUUCAAAUCCUCAGACCCAACACAGAGAACACCGGUCAGGUCAGUGAGUCUGGCGCCUCCGUGGUUAAACAUGCCCUCAACCCUGACAAAGCCUUCAUGCAAGUCCACUACCUCAAGGGUUACUUUCUUCUCAGGUUCCUGGCCAGUCAAGUGGGAGAGCAACAAUUCGUUGACUUCUUCAGGUCAUUUGUGAAGAAGUACCACGGGCAACUCAUUUUGUCCCAGGAUUUCCUGCGAAUGCUGCUGAUUACCUUUCCCGACAUGGAGAGAAAAGGCCUCACCCUCACUGCUGUUUAUGCAGACUGGCUUGAUCGACCGGGAAUUCCUAAGUGGCUGUACGAAAGGAGCGCCGUGUGGUCACAGGCGAGACUGGUGGAAGAAGUCAAAGCAGAGGUUGUAAAAUGGAUUCUCCUCAGUCAGAGUCGUCAGGGGAAGGGCAGAAAGCGGAAGAGAAUAGAGCCCAAGGUGAACUACAAAGAGGUGACGUCGGAGCAGCUUGUGAUGCUUUUGGAGCUUCUGCUCGAGGAAGAGAAGCUGAGCGCGGCGGCAAUGCGCACUCUGCAGAAAACAUACCAACUACAGACUCAAGACGCUGAGGUUCGACAUCGCUGGUGUGAGCUGGUGGUCAAACACGAGCACGCUCAGGCUUAUAGAGACGUGGAACACUUUCUGGUGCAUGACCAGGCCAUGGGUGUGUAUCUGUACGGGGAGCUGAUGGUUCAAGAAGACCGCGAGCAGCAGGCUCUGGCCAGGCGCUGCCUGUCAUUGGUCCAGGAUGAAAUGGACCAAUCAGCACGCAGAGUGGUGGAGCAGAUGGUCCUAUGACAUUUGAGGCAGCUGAUUACGGGCGGAGAUGACAGGAGUUUGGCUCAAAGGAUGGUCGGGGGUCCAGCACUCAGCUCCUCAGAAGAAGAGGGGAUGCUGCAGAAUCGCUCAGCAGUGUGAACACCAUGAGGAUGUGCUUUUACUCCACAGCCAAGGCCAACUGGCAAGUUGUAAAGCAGCAGAUGUGUUCAUUCGAGGCUGGAAAAAAAUCGCUGGUGCUACAAGCUGUUUGUAGUGAAGUACAAUGUUGUUGACUACGCUACGGCUUUCAAAUGAUUCUGAUCUUCUCACUGGUUUAAAACUGAUAGAUAACAGGAUAAUAAGGAUAUUUCAUGGAUGGGGUUGUCACCAUGCCAGAUUUUAAACUUCAACACGAUACUGGUAAAAUUCAAACGAAAACAAAACCUGUUUGGAUAAAAGCAGCAGAAAGAGAAGUCCUAGGCAGCUAAUAUUCAGGCUUUUAAUCACCAAAGAUUGCAGGCAAACUUCUGCACGCUGUUUAAAUGUCAUGAACACUGAAAUAUUAUCAACGUAUUUGUGUCAUUCAGACAGUGCUCGCUUUCUCUGGUGGCAAACUGAAGAGCUGUAGUUUUUUUUUUGUAAAGCUUUGAUACUUUUUCUAUUGUUUUGGUAAAAAGAUGAAUGGAGUUAGUAUCAUAUCAAAACACGUGGUAUUAAAAAGUAGCCAUGUAUUACAAAUCUGACCACCUUAUACAUGCAUAUAGAGGGAGAAGCUCCAUUCAUGUUUAAGAACCUGAGCUGUUGUGUGUGUGUGUGAGUUCACAUCUGUUUAGUCUGAAGUCAUGUUCUGUUAACAGUUUAGACUGGACGUACUCUUUCAGGCGAGUCAUGGUUCAGACAUAACAGAUGACUUCACUCCAGCUUGUAAUAACACUGUAGUGUAGUGUAGUUAAGAAUUGCUUUUUGUAACUUUUGUAUUUUUGUAAACUUCUUCUGUUUGUUUAAUUGUAAGCACAAAUCUUUGAUAUUUUCAUGUCAAAUAAAAAAAAAUCAUAUUUCAUGAAAUCAGCGUGUGUCUUUUCUGUCAGCUUAUUCGACCACAGGAGGAGUACAAACCUUAUCUUCGUUCAUGUCUAUUACCUCUGAGUUCUAUUCAACUGGGUGCAAACGUCACAGACACAUUCUCAUUUCAAGGACGUCUCAGUUGCUGCUGUUUUACAUCUGGGACAAAAAUGAGAGUGAAAUCCAACUUAAGUUAUUUUUCACAUACCCAGAGCAGAAAAAUGGAUGUGCGCCUGUAAGAGUUCAGACGGGUGUUGGUCGUGUGUAUUCUACUCUAGUAAACUUCAGAAGUUAAAGAAUCUUUUU